UUUGGAGGUAGACAGGUGAUCGUGGUGGACCAUGGUUAUUUGGCGCCGUCGGAUGCUAGGACGUGACGUCAUGCUAGAUCAGGGCUUUAUGCCGAGACAUGUGCCCUUCUGUUCAGUGUGUGCGUACAGACGAUUCAUGAUCGUGUGUGCGUGGGAUAUUGUGAGUUGGCUUGGAAAGCGUUAAACAAGAUGUUCUCAACAGUUACACGACCAAGUCUCCGCCGUACCAUGUUCCUGCGGACGAUGUUUCGGCGCCUGUCCGCAGGCUCGAGGGUGAGAAAAUCACGGGACAUCAGUCGGUUCGAGGACGUGUGGCGGCGUCAUCGCAGUCAUGUACGAGACCCACUGGAAAGGUCUUAUGCGCCCCUCGUGGGAACCAGAAAUGGACCUCCAACACUCCCCAAAACAGAUUCUUCUGCAUUGGGCUGGUACACCCGACCAACACCGGCAGGCAAACCGUCUGUAUCGUCGCAUGCGCAUCGGCGCAGCGGAACGUGCACUGUCUCGCAUCAAAGGCGAGCGGUCCUCGUCGCCUGGGUACGAAUAUGUUCCCGGCGAUGUUUGGGCCCGCUGUUUUCGCAACACCGUGCUGCCUGUUGGCGCACACUUCUGGUACAAGGCUCAAGACGCUCUAUGAUGGCUAGGGAGAAUCUUCGGACAUACUCCAACUUCAAACGUCUUCUUCGUUCGCUUCCUGGAUGACCCUGGACCUGUCAAGAUCACCCUCUCCCCUUUGCGCUGCACGACAGCUUUGGGAACUGUUUGUGGUUCUUGGUGCCUUCUUCAGCUGCACCGAAGUAGUCCCUUCAUGCGAGGUAUCUUGCGCAAUGUAGACGAAGCGCGUGGUACGGCUAUAGACUAGUCGCCCCUGGCUAAUACGUCUGUUGCCCUUGUUUUAUGUGUGUGUAUCUUGUUCGUGGGUCUGCGAACAUUGGAGUUUGAUACAUGUGCUGUAUGAUGUGGUGUCACGCAGAUUGGUGAGAUUGCCGUUUGGCAGGGGGCACUGCGAUGAUUCACGGGGCCCUCCUUCCUGUUUGAGACGCUCUGUUUGGAGCACUCCCUCUUUCGUCCGUGUGAAGGACGGUCGUCUACCUCUCGUGAACGUAAUACAUCACCAAAACAGUCUCACCCGAUAAAUAGUUGGCGUAGGCCGCAAACACUCUACAGUUUUUUGCCCCUCGAGGGAAGCCACAUUGGGAUAAGCUCUGCCGGAGACGAAGAGCGCACUGCUGCGAGCGGAGAACAGAUCNUGGUUUCGCGGUUGGCGGCCCUGGUGGAGGAGUCGGUGAAGGAGAAGGAGCCUGGCAGCGUCGUGGCGGAUGCAGCCAGUAGUGGCGGCUGGGUUGCCGCCACCGAAGGCCAACAAGAGCCCCUGCAGCCGCACGGCGGAGGCGGGGGAUUUCUCCAGCAGCAAGCAAGAGAUGGUGGGCAAGGACCACGGCAGCUGCUGUAAGGCGGCUGGGCCUGCAGAUUGGGAGCGAAUCCUGCGAGAACAGCCGGAGUGGGCCCGGGCAUUGGACCGGACUACGGGGAAGCGAAGGGGUUAAACCCCCCAGGUGAGAUACCCGUGAUUCGAGAAAACGGAGAAUUCCUCGACGGCUACAGCAGUAGCCACAUGAAGAGAGUACCGUAAGGUCACGGGUUAGCGCACCCCCGUGCGAUCGCUUUUUAAACAUUUUCGUUAUUAAAUUUUCAUCGCAAACCUGUGCGAUGACUCCGGGCCGUGCGAUGACUCCACACCCUGUGCGGAAAUUAAAUUUAAUCAGUUUGAUACAUAACGCACACCCCUGUGCGAUGACUCAAGUAUGCUCCCUGGAGGCGAUCUUAUCAAGAAUUUGAACGCACACCCCUGUGCGAUAACUCCCGUAUGUGCGGUACUUGAACGAAAGCAGACGCACGGACACCUCAGCUGUGCUGCGGUUGCAGGCUCCACACGCAACGUACACACACACGCGCACGUCAGCCAACCACAGUAGCUAGCCCGAUGAAUGCUAGGUUUUGGAGAAAGAACACAACACACACACACAC